UUUAGUGAAUGCCGAAAGGUGAUUCAUGUUGUAUUUUUGAGCAUCUGUCACCUUACUUUAGUUCAUAGUUGUAUUUUAAUUUUUAAUUUAUAACAACUUAAGUAACAUAAGCAUAAUGAAAAGGUCUUAGGAAUAUUGAUAGACUUUGUGGUUAAAUAAGUUUAAAAUUAACAUGAAUUCUAUGUAAAGAAACUGUCACAUGCAAACGGAACUGUAUUAUUCAAACAAUCUUUUAUUUGUCUAGACCAAGCAUAAGUGAUUUUUUAUUUGAGUUUGAAAUCAGGAUUAUUGAUACAACUAUGGUGGUAAAGACAAUCCAAGAAAACCCACUACCAGUAGCUUCUCGAAUGGAGCUAGAUAAGCCCAAGGAUUUGCCACAUCCUGCUCCAAAGACAACUGUCACAGUGCCUGCACCAACCCCCUGCUUUAGCUUCCCCUCAUUGACAAAGACUCCACCCAAUGAAUUGUACAGGAAAUUGUUGCCUGCCAUACUUUUUGUGCUCACAUUUGUUACGGUUAUGACUAUGCUCCUAAUUUACAUGGAUACAGUUGCAUUAGGUGCUCAACAGUUCCGUCUUAACAUGUCUCGUGACUAUGAGCUGGCUCGCAUCCCUGCUGAGUCAGCCACAUUGGUAGCUUAUGUGAGGCAAUUACACCUUGCUCCAAGGCCGCCUAAGACCCCACCUCCUGUUCCAUCGAUUACAGAUAGAGUGGAAGUACUUGAUAAACUCUAUGGAGAAAUUUACAACGGAACAUUUGUUGAGUUUAUGCCGCGUGGCGGCCGUGAGCCUACUACGGCUUAUCUUGAAACUGUUCGUGGUUGGAGAGGAGUUGUAGUAAGAGCAGCUCCUAGAGACUUUUUGGCACUGCGAGGAACAGCCAGUGCCCUACAGGCUUGUUUAAGCCCUACUACACAUCCUAGAGAGGUGAGCUACCAAGAGCCAGAUAGCAGCGGUGUGUCGUUCAGUUCGCGGGUGCUUUGCCUACCUUUGUAUACAGUGCUGUUGGCAGCAGAUACCGCCACUGCAGACUACGUCCUUAUUGCUGGAGACUCGGCCCCCGCUGCUCUCACUCAUUUGCCUUUUAAUGAACCCAGUGUGCGGCUACAGGUAAUCGAAUUCCGUUCUACGGAUAUGUCGGCUCGGAAUAGAACCACUGAAUUCCUGCUUGGUAAGAACUACACUGUGGCGGCUGAGUUUCGAGACGGCGUUAUGUAUGCACUUAAAAAAUCACUGCCAUAGACAAGUGCCUUUCAUAGACUAAAGUAUUGCAUUGCAAAUUUUUAAUUGAAUAAAAAUGCAUUAUCCCAUAAAUCAUUACAAUUGUAACGAUUUUAUUGCGUAUUAUAUUGAUUAUGCAAGGUUUCGAUAGGUUUUUGAAUAAUUAUAGGUUCCCAGGAAAUAUUUUAGUUUGGAAUCAGUUUUUUUCUAUACUAUAAUCUGUGUGUGUUCAAGUCAAAAAUAUUUUAUUCGAUUUUGUGUAUGUAAUCAACAUAUGUUUGCACAAUCCAAUCAAAUUAAACGGGAACUAUUUGCAAUGCAAUGGUUUCAUAUUAAUCGCAUACCUACACUGUGACGUAGACGUCAUAUAGAAUAAUGACAAUACCUAAUUAUCGAACAAAAAGUAUUAAAAAAAUAUUUUGUGAUGAAAGCAGCUGUUUAUGAUCAAAUUUUAAUUCAAAAUAGUGACAUUAUACUAUAAUAAAUUUGAAGAUAUUUUAAUUCAGUGAUUUUAAUUAUAUGCUUAUUAUUUUAACUAGAUUUAAGUGCCGCGUAAUAAUUAAGGUUAGGGUAUGCACUACACUAGAAUCUCAAGUUCCUUGCAUAACUAUUUUUGUCACAUUUACAUCAAUUCACUAUGCCCACAAAAGUUCAGUGCGCGGAGCACUUUUUACAUAAAAGUAUUUAUAUAAUUACGCGUGAUUAUGUAUGAAAUAUGUUUCUUUUCUCUUUAGAGACAUCAAUGUUGAAUGUUGUGUAUUCUCAGUAUUAUUUUCAAAAAAUUGUGUCGUAAUAAUUUAAAAGUAUGUGCUCAAUUUUAAGUAAUUUCAAUGUCCACUAGUUUUAUCGAAUAUUAUAACAAUUUGUUAAUUAAAAAGACUGAUAUGGUUUAUGAUUCUCAUUUUAAUUUGAUUUAAAAUUUUAUUUUUGUAUUAUUUCAGUAUGUAUUAAUAAGUGAUUUUAAUGAAUUUGAUGUAUUCUGCUGCAUUCUGCUGCAAGACUUUAUUUUUGUCAUAUUCAUAUGAUUAAAAAUAAAGUGUUGCUUAGUUCUAAGUGAAUAAUGUUUCUUUGUAAUUAGACUAAACUAUUGAUUAUAAUUCAAAGCGCUUAUUUUCACAAUUAAAUCGCUUUAAUAAACU